AAUUAAUUUCGGGGUUUUUAUUUGGAAAUAACGUAAAAUUAAGUGGUGGGUUGGGGAAAGUAUAAAGUUGAACAAACGUGUACCGAAAACAAACAAUUUCGGUGCUUUCUGCUGCUUCGUCGGAGACUCCGGAGUCGCUCUCCUCCGAACAAAAUGGAGUCAUGCCCUUCGAUAAAGAACAUCCUCCUCCUUGAUUCUGAAGGGAAACGUGUGGCUGUCAAGUAUUAUUCAGAGGAGGACUGGCCAACGAAUGCUGCCAAAGAAUCCUUUGAGAAAGCUGUGUUUACUAAAACUCAAAAGACAAAUGCACGGACAGAAGCUGAGAUAGCAAUGUUUGAGGGCACCAUUGUAGUUUACAAGUUUGUUCAAGACCUUCACUUUUUUGUUACUGGGGGUGAAAAUGAAAAUGAGCUCAUUUUAGCCACAGUUCUCCAGGGUUUUUUUGAUGCAGUCGGCAUUCUCCUGAGAGGCAAUGUGGACAAGAAGGAAGCACUUGAGAAUUUGGAUCUCAUUUUACUAUGCCUCGAUGAAAUUGUUGAUGGCGGUAUUGUUCUUGAGACUGAUUCAAAUGUUAUAGCAAGUAAGGUUGCAAGUCAUAGCAUUGAUGCUGGAGCUCCGUUGUCUGAGCAGACAAUAAGCCAAGCAUUAGCGACCGCCCGCGAACAUCUAGCAAGAUCACUUCUUAAAUGAUGUGUUGAAAGAGGAGAAGCAAGGAGAGAGGACAUCAGUUUUGUAUGUUUCUAUUCCAUUAUUGGUGUGCUUGAUUUCAAGUAUCGAAUUAGCUAAAAAUGCUGCGAUGUUAUCAAAUUCGAUUAUCUUUGUAGAACUUGGUUAAUUUGGACAUCGGAAAUGUCAAUGGUUUACAAUUCAGGUUA